AUGCAAGACAUUGUGUCCUCCCCCGCACACAGUGGAAACCAGCCGCGGUCCCCGCCGUUCCCCGCGUCGCCCAGCUCACCUAUCGCAAGCCCUCCGUUUUAUUCUUUAAGGGACUUGGACACUCCCGAAGAAUCCGAAGUGAAUCCAACACGAGCGCGCUCAGGCACUUUUGUAAUUUUGUUACUAAUCAGUCUUAUGGCUAGCAGCUUGGUGCUCCCCAUUGGAUUGGUCUUGCUUCACUUCAUGAGAGGCAGCGCUAGGGUUCAGCUUUUGAACGAGACGUCAACGAGGUCCUCAUCUUCCCUCGCUACCACUACCAAGAUUCCGGAAUAUUGGCAAGGUUUACCGUCGACCUGCUUGCAGAGCGCCGUCGUCUCCGACAACAUCUCCGGCGUGGUCGACACUAGCGUCACGAGGGCGGACACUAGUAGGCUAACAAGCGACGUCGUGUUCUGCUGCAUAUACAAUGUCAGCCGGUUCAGAAAACCUAAAGGGUACGACUACUUACCUAGGUUCGUUCCAUUCCACCUAUGCCCGUGCCUCGUCUACUGGUCGCUGGGGAUCGACGGAGGAAGACUUGUGAGCAGAGCCCCCGAGUUCGAUAAAAAGUAUGGGCUUCGACGCCUCGGGGCACUGAAGCGGACAUGGAACACGGUUCUUCUGACAGUGGGAGGCUUUCCAGAAGACAGCUUUCAAUUCGCGAGGCUAGGAUGGAACACCGUUUUGACAACAUUGUUGUCUCUGGACAUCCUGGACACGUUGCUUCGUUACAAACUCGACGGCGUCAACAUACACUGGACCUUUCCUUCCGAUUCCUGCGGACGUCCAGACGACGGCGACACGCUCCUUCAUCUGCUUAAUCGAGUUAAAGAACUCUUUCACCUUAACUCUCGCGUUGGACGAAAGUUCCAAAUAACUCUCAUGGUACCCGGGACGCUGUCGGAAGCAAGUAGAUAUUUCGACAUCGGACUUCUUCGAGAUAGCGUAGACUUCUUUUUCUUCGACACCAAGGUCCCUUCUUUCUUCACUGACGACAUCGGUCUGAGAUGUACUGGGGCGCGCCAGCGUUUUCGAGACAAUUGGCUCGCUAUAUCGAGCACUGCGAAUGGCAAGGCCUGCUUCAGUGCUACAGUGAUGUUUCAAGCCAGUAUUUGGAGCGGGUCACUAAGCCCGCUGAAAGCGGAAGAGAUAUCCAAUCAGACCGGCCUGAUAGCGGUCUACGAGCUAUGUGCGCAGCAAGAUUUCGAGCCAAAUCGGCAAGGUGAGGAGGGGAAAGAAUGCGAGGUGUACGAAAUAAUGGGACGAGAACGCCCUGUGAUUCGCCGCUUUUUUGUGGAGUCCAAACUGUCCUACAUCGAGAAAUUUGGCCUGGCAAGAUGCGUCGUAGUCUAUGAUAUUGAUUUCGAUGAUUUUCGAUCUUCGUGCCUUGAGCAGGACUUUGGGCUGCGCAGGAUUUGGAAGGCGGUUCUUGCGGCCGACAGUUCUAAGCAGCCACCUAAAUAG